AUGUGGGAGGAGCGACGCUGUGGAGUCCAGGUGGUCGAGUCUGUCUGCGUAAAAACGCACCGAACACACGCCGAACACUUACGAAACGCGUAGUGGGACAAGGCGACAUUUCAAGAAAAAGUCACAACUCGAAAAUUGACUGAGCAGUUUUCAGAAGAAGACUCCUGCAUUCAGCCUCAGCGCUGCGUCGCCGCCGCCGCUGCCGCGACCUCUCCAGAGGGAAAAACGGACUGAAAGAAGUGACCCAAGAGUCCGGGCUAAACUUCUGACCGAACUCACUCUCCUUUCUAAGAGAAUUGUUUCAGCGAGCAGUGAAGAUAUGUUUAAGAAAAGCAAGAGUAAAGUGCUGGUGGAUUAUGCGUCAGAGGAAGACGACAUGUCCUGGCACCAUCAUCACUCCUACAAGGACAAAGAUAUAGAAGGAGAGGAAGAGGAGGAGGAAGCUGUCACUGGUGUAUCAAAGGAGGCCAAGGUGAAAAAGAUCAUGUCCAAGAAGGAGAGGAAGGAAAAGAAGAUGCUCUCCUCCAAAGACGACGAGCACUUUCUGUUGACCGGAGUGAAACUGGCAGACCGCAGAGGGUCUCACAAGAAAAUCAAAGAUGAUGAGAAGGAUAAGGACAAGAAGGACAAACCAGAGAAGGGCCUCUGUUUCUGGGAGAGCGUCUCCAUGACUAUGAGGCAGAUAUCACCCUCCAAAAAACUGGAGAAGAUGGAGGGCUGGGAGCCGCCUCAGCUGGACAACUUAAACGAGUCGGUGACCGAUGAAGCCCCAGAGGACAAGAGUGCCAAAGAGGACUCACAGGAGUCUCCCCCCGAGUCUUUAGGCCUUCCACUGGAAUUGGCCUCCUGGGGAGGACAGGGUGCAGAGGAGGACUCUUCCCGUUACGCGAACCUUUCAGACUCCACUGAUUCGGUCACGUGGACGGCCCGCGCCAAAGUCAAGCUGGCCGGCAUCAGCAGGAUGAGCAGAGGGAUCGUGUCGGACAUGGCGUUUAAAUAGUGGCUGUUUAACGUCUGACGCCCUCUUCCCUCCGCCCUCGUCUGUGCACCAUCAGUGACGGGGACGAAAGCCUGAAGCAGACGUCUGCUUGUUUUCAUAGUCCAGUUUUUGAAAGCAGUGUUAUUGCCAACUCUGAUGAUGAGCUGCUGUACUGUAGUGACGUUCUGAAACACAAAGGCCCCAAAGUUUGUCCUUGAAGAAAAACAUAAUGUCAGUUUAUAAACUGGCAGGACUGCGGCUUUUCAAUCACUGGCCUAAUUUGUAAAUACAAACAAAUGAAAGCCUUAAACUACUGCACCAUUUUCACUCUGGUAGCCACUGGUCUGGCUUAUAUAUAUAUAUGUUUGAUUGACAAUUGAUUUUUGUGUACUUUUGUGGCGGUUAGAUUAUUAAUAUUAGAGAAUAUAUGAAGAAUACAUACAAAAAAAUCUACUUAACAGGAGAAUGGUUUUCAGUUUAUAUCUAUGCAAUUACAAACGUCUUAGUUGAAGCCUUAAUCUAUGCAUCGAGAGUGUGAUUAUGAAAGUCUUCAUCAUCUGGCAUCUGGCAUACCAGUGUGUAUGAAUCAGGGGUUUGCAACACGUGGCUUUUCAGUGCCUCCCUCUACCUUUGAAAAAACAAACACAAUGUUUAUUUUCAUUUAAUUGUCAUGAUUUCUUUCAAAGUGAACACUUUUUUUUUUUUAGAGAUAGAGGCGAUAAAUGAAAGUGGUUUAACGUGCUGUCCACUAAAAUAUGCGUCACAUCCCAUGUCUGUGUCCCACGACAUAUUUAAAACCUCCCAAAACGCGACAAACUUGUCCGGUUUUUGAAAUGUGGAGAGCCAUUCAAAACAGUCAUGUCCACAUUAAGAGUCCUGUCCAUCCUGUCACAUUUUUAUUUAUUCCAAAGUGGGUUCCUUUUUUAUUUUUUUUAUUUUCUCCAAACAAUGAGGACUCACAAAGUCUGCAUGGUUCUGGGUUUUGCUUCAAAGUAGGCCGACGUGUGCCAGUGUAUUUUGGUCAAGACGGAAAAACAGUGAUGAAACGUCAUCAGUUUUAUUUUUGUGGUUCUUAAAUGUCAUAAAUGCAACAAACUGUAGUUCUUUUGUAUAUAGUUAUACAACUUUAUACAUGAUGUCAUCUUCAUUUCAUGGGGCAAAUAGGUUUUACGGUUCCAGAUUGAAUUUAUUUGGGUGGACAAGGAACAAAAAAACCCCGGCUUUUUUAAUACUAAAGGUUGCAGACCCCUGGUAUAAAAUUGUGUGUGUGUGUGCGUGUGUGUGUGUGUGUGUGUGUGAGGUACAGGAAAAAAAUGUCAGAGACACUGUGACAGAGUUGUAGAAUUUAUGAGUGAAUCACUGUUGGGAUUGUUGAGAUUUGGAGUCGUGCUGUUGUAUGAGAAGUAUAUAGUGGCAACGAUCCAUGUUUCAUGUCACAUUAGUUACAAUAAUUCAUCCAAGUACGAUAUUUUGACCACCCCCGAUAAUUCCAACUGAUUAAUCAGUGAACGGCCAUCAUUUAAGUGCACCUUUAUUUACGCUCAACGCACAGUGUACGAUCCUGACGCAACAGAUACAAUAAAUAUGUUGUUCCACGAAAUCACAUGAACACACAGUGUCAUAGACUUGAUACACGUGACGGAAUACUUUCUCAAGAAAGCGCCUGUGCAGUGCCUUGUGUCCAUAGAAUGACGUCACAUGUUUGCUGUAAAUCUAAAUUAGGCUGGAUCAUCAUUUGAGCACAGAGCUGUUGUGUACAUACACAGUGCAUCACAACGCCUGACCAGGACAGGGAAGUUUGCCUAACGUGUAGCCGUGCACUCUACACUCACGAGUUGGUUACAUAAUUAUCAUGAGCUUGACCACCAGGGGGAGCUGCCAUGUUACUAUGCAGUUGGUUGAGAAAAUAAACAGGAGUUCCAUUUGCACAAUGA